AAUCCCCAAUUCCCAAUUGCCACAAAACCCUCUCCGUGCCCUCCACCGCCGGCGAUCUCCUCCUCCUUCCCCGCCGAUGGAUCUCUCCGCCGUCCAGACCGCUCUCGCCGACAAGUCCUACUCAGCCCUCGCCCCUCUCUGCGACGACAUCCUCCUUCAGGCCGCGUCCAGGGGAGCCACCACCGACGAGUGGCCCUACGCCGUCCACCUCCUCGCCCACCUCUACCUCAACGAUCUGAACAGCGCGAGGUUCUUCUGGAAGUCGUUGCCGCAGGAGGUGAAGGACGCGCGGCCGGAGCUCGCUGCCGUCUGGAGGAUCGGCCAGUGCCUCUGGAACCGUGACUAUGCCGGUGUGUACACGGCUGCGCAGGGGUUCGAGUGGGGUACUGACCUCGCUGAUUUCAUCACUUCCUUCCUAGAAAGCUACAGAAAGAGAAUAUUCCAGCUGUUAACUUCUGCGUAUUCUACAAUCAUCGUUGCUGAUGUGGCUCACUUCAUGGGGAUGAGUGAGGAGGAUGCUACAAACUAUGCUGUGCAAAACGGUUGGAGUUUGGAUGCUGCGACCAAUAUGCUUACUGUCAAGAAACCAAAGGCUCAGACCAACCAGAAGCUCGACGCAAGCAAACUGCAGCGUUUGACUGAGUGUGUUUUCCACCUGGAGCACUGAUAUGCUCACUAUUAAUCACCUUGCGUCUCUGAAACUCCUCUCUGCAGAACAGAUAUCAUGUGAGACCUGAGGGACUGGGUCAGUUUUUGGCUGGAAAGGGGAGAUCUAUCUAUACUGAAUUCUCAGUAACUUUUGGUUGGUGUGCUAACGGUUACCAUACCUAUUGCCUGUUCAUAUGAUGAUUCUUCCUGAAGUCUGAACUAAAAUGGUAGCAGUUGCUCGUG